UUCGUUCUUUACUGGCAGUGUACCGCGCGCUAGUCAACCGGUGGAACGCACUCCCUUUAUUCUUGCUGUACAGGAAAGAAAAGAAACCAAAAAAAAACAAAAAAAAAACAAGAAGAAAAAACAAGCGAAACUUUUUUCAGCCCCCGCGUGACGCCGUGAACCCCGAGUGACCCCCGUCUCCGAAAUGUGACGUCGAUUCAAACUUGAAAAUAAUUUUAUUUCGAAGUUUUUAGAAAAAGUUAUAUAGUCCUCCGUCUCGUUUUCGAGAAUCGUCGUCGUCGCACAGUGUUCGCAGUGUCAGCUACGAUUUUUUUUUGAGUCGAAGGAAAGCGAAUAAAAGAAUCAGUGAAGCCAGUGAUAGAUUGUUUCGUUACACUACCAACCGAACGAUUCUUAUUUUCAAACGAUAACCAGUGAACAUGGGGAGAUUGGAUUGGAGGAUUUUGCUCUGCGUCGCGUUGACGGCGUCACACUUUCAAGAUGCUGCCCAGAUCGUGAUAAAACACCAGAGCGUCCCUCCGCUGGUCCAGAGCGGCCAGACGGACUACAUAAUUCUCGACUGCGACUACGACCUAAAUAAUACCUCUACCAACGGACUGGUAGUGAAAUGGUUUUUAAAUGAGAACGAUUUGGUGUAUCAAUGGAUAUACGGUAGUCCGCCGCAGUCGACUUCACCUGUCGACAAAUACAUCGAUUCCACAUAUGAGGCCAGUCAAGAUCCGACCGCAAUGUACAGAGCGAUGAAACUCAAUAAACCCGGCUGGGAUCUGACCGGUGAAUAUACCUGCAAGGUAUCCACUUUCGUCGACGAAGCUACCGCCACCAAACAGAUGAUUGUCUACUCAACGGAAGAUAAAUUUGAACUGAUACAUAGGAAAAAGAGCGUGAACGGUGCGGACGGCGUGGAAGUGACGUGCGUCGCCGAGGGUCUCUUCCCCAGACCCACCCUCGACGUCUCCGUCGAGGGAAUAUCUUGGGAACAGAAGCCUGAGGUGACGCAGAGUGAAGAUAAUCGUUACGCGGUCACGACGCGAAUGGAAUUGAAGGAUAAAGACGUACCGGAUCCAGCGGUCGUAAUAUGUAUCCUCGGAAUUCCAGAGGCGAACUACAACGUCUCGCGACAAGCGGUCUACUAUCCUGGUAACGGGGCUAGUUCGAUUUCCGGUGAUUUGAUUGUACUGCUGGUCGGUAUCGUCGCUGGUGUGGGAACCCUUUUUUGAAAAAUUGCCUAGAAAGAGAUCAAGGAAUUCCGAAGAAUACGAUCCGUGCGAGUCAUGAGUUACGUGAAAAACCAUCGAAACAAAGUAACGAUUGUCGGGUCGGUUCCUCAUGUCAAUCAGCAACACUGUUAAAAACUCAUAUUACUAUUCUCAUAUGAGAAAAGAGUAAAAAACAAAAAAAAUGAUAAUAUAUUAUCGCUAUAAAUAAAAAUAUAUGUAUAUUAAAACCGACACAGGCAUAUAAUCACUGUUAUAAAUAAUAUUAUAUAUAUAUAUAUUAUAUAUACACACACACACACAUAUAUAUAUAAACGUAAUAUUUUUCAAGUAUCGUCAUCUUUACAAAUUCUAGAUAGUUCAACGUUAAAAUUGCGCCUGUGUGAAUAAAUAAAUUGUGAAAAUGAGUAAGCGAAUGAUGUAAUAAUAUAGACGUAGAUAAUAAAAUUUUAAAACUGACUAGACUGCCGGUGAAAAUUGGUUAGGAUAAAAACAGAAGAUGAUAAAAAAAAAAACAAAAAAACCAAAGUGGAAACUUUUGAUCAACUCAAAGAAUACACCAAAGAUUUCUCUACGAAUCUAUCGAUAAAAAUUGAACUAUGAAAACUGGGUUUUGAAUACGAUAUCGGAUGCUGACACGUUCAACGCAGCGCGAGGAGAAAAAUUUUCGUUUUUUCAAAGAUAGUGGUUUUCAAAGUUGUGUGACGAUAUUUAAAACCAUUAAGAUCCGACCUCCACCUUCGGACGUAACGCGAAAUCAGUCGGCAUAUUCUUAAAGAAAAUGUGACACGACAAUACGAGAAAUUAUUAAUUUCAUUGAAUUAUCAAUCCUUCGGAGCGAAGCUUAUAUAUCUGUAACAAAUAGAUACAGUCAGUAGAUAGAGUUGCGAAGAGAGAUAAAUACGAAGGAAUAAAAAAGAACGAAAUAAUAAUUUGGAACGUGGCAGAAUAUUAUGAUUACGAUAACGGGAUGCACAUAAGGAGUGGAAGAUGUCGCGAAACAGGGUAAAAUAAAAAUAUUUCGCCAAAGAUGCAUAAGUUUAAAAUAUAUACUUAUGAAUAUGAUAGCUUAAAAUUCGCGUAGCUGACGUAUGAAAAUAUCGAUUGAUUCGAUUAGAGUUUUUUUUUUUUUUUCCAAUUUUUAGAUAACCUUGCUUACAAAUUUAUUGAAAUUAUUGUACAUUGAAAUAUGAGAGUGAAUUGAUAUUUGAAACUCUUCCGUAGCAAGUGUGGAGUAAAAUUUGAACAAUUAUUAUUACAAUAAUUAGGGUGUGAAAAUCGUGAUGAAAAAAGGACCGAAUAACCCUAAAAAAUUCAAAAUGCGAUUGGUAAAAAAGCGAAUGACAGCGUCGUCUCGUAGCGCGAUUCUCAGCGAUCUUUUUUGCAUAGAAAGAGAAGAAAAAAAAAGGUAAAUUAUAAAAAACUACCUAUACAGAAGUAUACACGUAUUAUAAUUACCUAUCAAUGUUUGUUCUGGGAGAAAUAGUAAGAAUUUAACUAGUCUAAUAGCUAAUCAUGCCGAACCUAUAGUUUAUAUACUAGUACCAAAUAUUAAAUUAUAUUUGAAUUCAGAUCAAGUAACAUACGAUUGAAUAAAACCCGCUUCGAAAACAUUUAAAAAAAUCAUUGAAUAAAUAAAUUAAUUAACAAAUGUAUAAUAAAAUGCGGAAUGAAUGAAAACAAUAUUCACUAUUAUUAUAAUGAUACAUAAUUACGAGUAUACUAGUGAAGUUUAACGUUUCGAAACGACCGAGGAAUACUUUGAAGGAAUAUAUAUAAUAUGAAAAUAAGAUUAAAAAAAAAAAAAUCUCCAAAGAUAUAUUAUGAACAAUCAAAAUUCACAAACUAUUAUCAUUCUCCUACGUCUGAAAGAUAUUCAUGUAAACAUAUAGACAUAUAUUCCAAUCACAUAUAUCUAUGUUAUUGUGUAAAGUCAGUUAAAAAAAAAAAACUAAUGAACCAAUGAUUAAAAACUCUACAUAAAUAUAAAUAAUCUAUGAACGUUCAACAGAUGUAUGUGAAAAAUUCAUAAAAAGAGAAAAGGAAACGAAAAAAUCAAAAGUCAAGAAAGAAAUGAAACAUUGCAAGCAUUUUGCUGUCCCACAGAGGUAAUAUAGCUGGUAUACAUGACAUACCCGAUGAAUUUUCGUUUCGAAACGAUGAACAAUAAAGCCCCCGCUCUAGUAUCCGAGCUGCGGGGGAAGGUAUCCGAUGCUGUAAAAUCAACAAUUGUGAUUCGUGAACGAACGAAAAGUGGACUAAUUUAUUUUCAAUAUAUGUUGACCGUACAGCAGCAGGUAUUUAUUAGUAAUUCGCACGUCAAUUAUUUUUUCACUUUAUUUUUCACUUUUUGAUAAUUUUUCUAGUUUUCUUUUAUCGUUUCACUGCUGUAUGAUUGCCAGCUUUGAUGUAUAUAUGUAUAUUUCAAAAUGUUGUUCUCUAUUUUUUAAUUUUCGAACAAACUAAUUCAUAUGAAUGGAAUCCUUUUGCUCUGACAUAUACUCGGAUGAUAUCGUGAAUUUCGAAAUUAAUUGAGAGCAAUAUUUUAUUGGUAAUUACGUACCUCCGAAAAAAUGAAAUAAUAUUUCCACCUUCGUUCGUCGAUCAAUUAUUAUUCAACUGUAUCAGCGUUGAAUAUAAUUAGCGUCAUGUUGCACGGUAGUAAUGAUAAUAAUGGUGAUGAAUAUACGAAUAAUUACCACGAACCGCAACUAUUCUUGUCCGGUCGAAGUUGAUUGUGAUCGAAGCACCGAAACACCUAAUAAAAUAUGUAGCGUCAUUUAUUCUGAUCCCGUUGCUUCGAUUAUGUUCUCGGCCUAUAUUCUGACAAUUUUUUAUUAUCUUAAAGGAAUAUAUUUGUUAGCUGUUUAUACACAUAUUAUUAUUACCUACGAUAUUGUACGUUACAUAUUUAUAUAUAUACAUAUAUAAUCAUUAUUACUUCGGAUAUAGUUGUUGUUACAUCAAAUAUGUAUAAAAGGGCUCGAUCGACUCGACGAAUCAUUUCGCUGAUGAAUAACAUAUUUGUAUAUAAUUAAUAGCUUUGAGAGUGUUACGAAUUACGUGAGAGUAAAGUAUCCUUUGAAAAAAUUGAAAAAGAAAAUGAAAAAAAAAUUACCAAGAAAGUGAAAAAUGGAGGAAAAAGAAACAGAAAAAAUAUAUAUAUAUAUAUCUAUCUAAUAUAUGAAACUAAGUGUAACGUUGGGCUUGGAAGUUUUUUAAAGUAACUCUGAUUAUCAAGUCAUGCAUUCGAUUAUUUGAAAUUUUUUUCUUUUUUUUUUUAAAUGACGAAUAUUAUGUAAGUUUGAUAUAUAUAAUAACUAUGUAUCUGGAUAUAUAAUAUAUUUAGGUAUCGCGAUUAACUGUAAAAUAGUAUGUAAUAAAUUUGCAACUAAUCAUAACGAUCGUAAGUGUGAAUGUGGUAGGU